GGGGCCGCGGCGCUUGGGGCGGGCCGCGCGAAGGGCUAGUUGAUGGGCUCCCGCCUCCGGCCUGGCGGCUGCGUCUUCGGGCCACAGGUGGGCGUGCAAGGCUACCAGGAGGGUGGAAGGGAAGCGAAAGACUCGCAUCCAGAUUCGCUUCUGAGCCGAGAGGACUGCAGAGCUCGCACGUCCCGCCUCUCUCUUUAUAGGGAGGGAACUGACUGCACGUCCUGAUGUGUGUUCCUCCCUGGGACCCCACGAACUCAGGCUGGCCAUGUAGCUGGUGAGCUGGGGUUGGGACCAGGCCUUCCGACGCCUUUAUCACUCUGGCAUGAUACUGCCCACAUUGUGAUCACGGCCCUGGCCCAAUCUAGAAAAGGUCCGAGAAAAAACGAGUCUCUGGUCUCUGAACGGAUUCACCAACUCACCGGCCUUUGGGUGAUCUGGGAGAAAGCAGGACUAUGGCGGGCGUUGUUCAGUGUCAGUGCAGAUGUCUGGACGCCCUGCUGCAAAGUUCAGUCAUUAGAUGAGCCUUAAAUUGCGGAGCCGGUCCAGAAUUUCAGGUGCCUUGGAGAGGGGAGUGGAGGACGAAGAGAAGAGUGAAUUACUGAAGGCCGGACCUGGAAAGAUCUUCAGAGACAACCAAUACACUUUUCACUUUACAAAUGAAGACACUGGGAAGGACCAGAGAGGGGAGUUUUCUGCAGGUCAUCAGCAAGCACUGGUGCCAUCACACGGUGACGCGGACGGUGUCCUGCCAGGUGCAGAAUGGCUCCGAGACCGUGGUCCAGCGCGUGUACCAGAGCUGCCGGUGGCCCGGGCCCUGUGCCAACCUUGUGAGUUACAGGACUCUGAUCAGACCCACAUACAAAGUGUCCUACCGCACGGUGACGGUGCUGGAGUGGAGAUGCUGUCCUGGCUUCACCGGGAGCAACUGUGAUGAGGAAUGCAUGAACUGUACCCGGCUCAGCGACAUGAGUGAGAGGCUAACCACGCUGGAGGCCAAGGUUCUCCUGCUGCAGGCGGCAGAGCAGCCCGCAGGCCCGGGCAAUGACCUGCCGGCCCCCCAGAGCACCCCACCACCCUGGAACGAGGACUUCCUCCCUGACGCCAUCCCCCUCGCCCACCCAGGGCCCCGAAGGAGAAGGCCCACGGGCCCCGCCGGGCCCCCGGGGCAGACGGGACCGCCAGGGCCUGCAGGUCCCCCAGGCUCCAAAGGUGACCGGGGCCAGGCAGGAGAGAAGGGCCCAGCAGGGCCUCCCGGCCUCUUGGGGCCGCCAGGACCCCGCGGGCUUCCUGGAGAGAUGGGACGCCCGGGCCCCCCUGGCCCCCCCGGCCCAGCAGGCAGCCCAGGCUUCCCUCCGAACGGCCCCCAGGGUGUCCUCUACUCCCUGCAGUCGCCGACAGACAAGGACGAUGGACACUCACAGCUGGCCUCUGCUGCCGUGGACACCGUGCUGGCCGGCGUCCCAGGGCCCCGGGGCCCCCCUGGCCCUCCAGGUCCUCCUGGCCCACACGGUCCCCCAGGACCGCCAGGUGUACCUGGAUCCCAGGGCCUGGCCGGAGAGCGGAGCAUGAUGGGACCGGCUGGCGAGCCCGGCGGGAAGGGACAAGAAGAGGAGAAGGCGGCUGCAGAGAGUGAGGGGGUGCAGCAGCUGCGGGAGGCCCUGAAGAUCCUGGCAGAGAGGGUCCUCAUCCUGGAGCACAUGAUCGGGAUCCAUGAUCCCCUCGCCUCCCCCGAGGGGGGCUCCGGCCAAGAUGCUGCCCUGAGAGCCAGCCUCAAGAUGAAGCGUGGGGGCUCCCCGCCGGCCGACGGUCCCCUCGCCGCCCUGCUCGGCCCCGACCCUGGGCAGAGGAGCGCUGGCCAGGCCAGCGGCGGGAAGUAAGAGGCCAGCUCUCCAGGACAAGCCCUGCCGGAGACCCAGGUCCGAGCCCUGCGUGGCCACCGGCUUCUGAAGACACCACGUGGUGGGACUGGGCUCCAGGCACCGAGGAUCCUGAGGGACGCUGGCUCCCGGGGCCUGGGGGCCUUGGGGACAGAUGGCAACUGCAGAGGCAGGGUCCAGAGGGCCCCGGCACCCUUGGCGGGGCCCUUUCCUGGUCCCUGCCCUCCCCCGCCCUCACUUUCUGCAGGAGACGGGCUCUGGGUGGGCUGGGCGGGGCACGAGAAUAAUCAUAAUACUCAUCAUUCACUGAGUCUGGGCCUGCCUGAGGGGCUUUCCCUACAUUGUCUCAUUUAACCCUUAGGAGGCAGGCUUGCUACCCCACUUUCCACGGGAGGACGGAGGCUCGGCCAGUGUAAAUAACGUGCCAAGGCCACGGGACCAGGGACAGCGAGGGCAGGAUUUGAACCCAGGCCUCUCGGUUCCUUAACUCGGGACCCCGCCAGCUUCCUGUCUUCACAGAGAAACUCAGGGCAGGCGUGGGGCUGUGGGGAGGCUGGCCCGGCCCGCAGGGAAGGCAGGCAGGGUCCCGGGCCUCCUUCCUCAGCCUCCCCGUCCCUGGGCUUGGGGUCUGCUCCAGGGUCUGGCGGCGGCUGCUCUCAGAGGCCAGGGAGACCCUGAAUAAGCCCGUGACGCUCACACGGACUUGGGGACAGUGAGAGAGGGGCACUGGGGGUGCAGGGGCCUUCAAACCAAACUGGCAGUCGCCCACCGCUGCCUCCCAGUCUCUCUGAGCCCACCCAGUCCAGCCCAGCAGGCCCUCCUGCCCCCGAGCCGAGAGGAGGCAGUAUUUCCCGGGAACGUGCACCUGAGGAGGCCGUCACUUGCAGCCCUGCCCUCUCUGGGAACCUGUAGGGUUGGCCAUUUCCAGAUCGCACAGCAAGUCUAACGAGCCUUUGACAAUCUAGAGGAAGGACAGCUGAGUCCCAGGCCCCAUCAGGAGAGACACUGCCCGCUGAGGGCUGUGGGCCCGGGGAAGGGAACUCAGUAGGUGGCCGGGGCCCGGGACCCCAGAGCAGCUCAGACCGCAGCCCUUAAGGCCUCUCGGGCCCUGGGUCCCCUGUGACCUGGACCAGCCCUGCUUCUCCUCUCUUGCCGGGCCGAGACCCAAAGAUCGUGGUGCCACCCCAGGGCCUGUGUCCCCUCAGGGCAGGAGCCAUCUGUCCCCAGCGUCCUUGGUGCUCCCGGGAGGUUGUGGCCUGGUCCCGCAGGCCCCGGUAACCUCUUCUUGCCCUCAAGGUCCCGAUGGCCCCUUGUGAGGCAGAACUGGCCUGGGGGCCCAAGUGUGGCAGUCAGAGGCAGCGGGCAGUCUGGAACGCUGUGACAAUAAAGGUGCUCUCCCCACUGGGGGUCUGGUGUCCUGUGGUGGCAGCUGGGCGAGGCCUGGUGAGCCGGGCCACGGUGGCGCAGGCCGUCCCCGGAAGAUGCGUAUGUCGUGACCCUGUGGCUGGAUGUGGGGACAGGCGACUCCUGGCCCGUGCCACACACACGCGGCUGUGGGGCCGCAGCGGCACAACGGGGGGUCUUCGGGGGCCAACGGGAGGGGGCUACACAGGAAAGGGACCUGGCAGGCAGGCGCACGGCACCCGCAGAGACCAGGAGGGGCGAAGGAGGGCGGCUCGUCGCUGACCGCUUGUGCACCCACAUCUUGUGCACAGAGCAUAUGCGCGGGUGCAGGAAGCCUGGCCGGGCAGAGGCGUGAGCGCUUCCCCUGCAGGGCUGAGCCCCUUUUCUUCCUCCAGGCCACCCUCCCAGCUCACUGAAGCCCCCCACCUUGCCCUGAGCAACCCCCGUUGCUGGGUGAAGCCUCAUCUGGGGACCAGUGUGCCCCCUGGGGUGACCACGGGACUGAGUGCCAUCUACCCCCUGGUGAGACAGACCAGAGGGCAGCUCCCUCUCCCAGACCAGGGGUGGAGAUGGGGCUCGGAGGGAGACUAUCCACCUGGCCCAGGACACCAACAUGUGCAGCCCCACGGCCCUCAGCUCAGGGUCUCUGUGGGCCUCUCCCUCUGAGUGUCUCAAGGACAGACCACUUCCCCGCUGACCCCGGCAUUCUUAGACCAGGGGGCUGCCACAUUUGAGGGUGUGGACUGAGCACGGGCCCGCAGGGUGGAUCUCCACACGUGCACAGGUGGGGGUUCAGAGGGCUGGGGACCUCCCUGGGCCCUCACGUUCUAGUCAGAGCCCCGAGUGACCUUCCCUUCCCAGUCUUUGUAAAGGAGGAGACUUAACAUAUAAGUUUUAAAUAAUUAGAUUCAUGGGAUGCCUUCAUGGGU